AUGACUUCUGCAUUAUAUUAUCAAUCACUGACAGUACCCCAACAACAACAACAACAACAGCAACCACAAAUACCAAUGUACUAUCAUCCACAACAACAUCAACCUCAAUUGUUACAGCAACAAGUACUACCACAACAAAUUCAUCAUAUGAUGCCAUCAUCACAUGCACAAAAUCGUGAACAACAUCAUCAACCCAAAGAACUACAUAAGCCAAAGGGUCGAAUGAGUGCAUAUACAUUUUUUGUCCAAAAAUGUCGAGAUGAACAUCGUAAAGCGUAUCCAAAUGAAAAUGCUAACUUUAGUGAAUUUUCAAAAAAAUGUGCUGAAAAAUGGAAGACAAUGACCGAAAGUGAGAAAGCAAAAUUUGCUGCACAAGCUGAAAUUGAUAAACAACGAUUUGAUCGUGAAAUGGCCAUCUAUCAACCUGGUGAAAAACGUACAAAAAAAAAGAAAAAAGAUCCACUUGCACCAAAACGACCAUUAUCAGCAUUUUUUCAUUAUUGUAAAGAAGAACGACCAAAAUUAAAAGCUAUAAAUCCAAGUUUAUCUGUUGGUGAAAUUGCCAAAGAAUUAGGUGAUCGAUGGAAUCAUACAGCUCCCGAUGGAAAACUAACUUAUGAAGAAUCAGCACAACGAGAUAAAGAAAGAUAUGAAAAAGAAAUGAAUGAAUUUAAAUUGGCAAAUAAAAAAGCUUUAAAAUCUAAUGCAUCACCCCAAACAAUACCACCACCACCACCGCCACCACCACUACAACAUCAGUCCGAACAACAAGUCAGAAUACAUCAAGAUCAACAACAACAACAACAACAGCAACAACAGUACUCUUCUCCAUCAUACCAAUUACCUUCCUUUAAUCCUAUGCAAUCUUUUCAACCUCAAACAUUCGGUCAAAUGAAUAAUUUUCAAGAUAAUGGCUUAACAUCAUCUCUUUUUCCUCAUUAUAAUGGUUAUUCAUUACAAAUGCCACAUAACAAUGUGCAAAUGCAACAAUUUCAAGUUUUGCAACAACAGCAUCAACAACAACAACAACAACAACAUAUGCAGCAUCAGACUUAUCAAACAUUAACAUCAGUUAAUACUAAUCAUCACGAACAACGACACGAUGAUCAAGAUAAUGGCGAUGAUAACGAUACUGAAUCUGAUGAUGAAGAAUAG